AUGGCCGUCAAAGACGUUCUCGACUUGCACAUAUGUGUCAUUGGAGCAGGCAUGGGUGGCCUAGCCACUGCCCUCGCUUUGGCCAAGCAAGGCUUCCGACAUAUCGAGGUGUAUGAAUACGCUUCCAAUCUCGGCUUCGUUGGCGCCGGUAUCCAGCUGGCGCCGAAUAUGGCGCGCAUUCUCGACCGACUGGGCGUGUGGAAGGAGAUUGAGCGGGAAGCAGUGGACCUCAAGGACACUAGCAUACGACAGGGCUCAACGGACGAGGAGUUAAGCCACGUCGACCUCGUCUACAUUCGUGAGAAAUACCACUAUCCCCACAUGGUCGGCCACCGUCACUCCCUAGCCAAUGGGUUGUACAACGGCUGCAAACGCGAAAAAGCGAUCAAGUUCAUCUUCUCAACCGGAGCAAGCGACGUGAAGUCCUACGGCCCUCGACCCUCCUUCACCGCCGUUCCGCGCGAUGGCCAACCAUACCCGGUCGAAUGCGACAUCCUCCUCGCAGCCGACGGCAUCAAGUCCACCAUCCGCGAUCAAAUGCUGCAAGCCAACAACAUCGACGCCAAGAUCGUCAACACCGGCACCGCGGCGUACAGAAUCAUGCUCACCCGCGAUCAAAUGAAGCACGACCCGGAACUCCUCGAGCUCAUCGACGGCGAAUGCGUGACGCGCUGGAUUGGGCCCAAACGCCACAUCAUCGCCUACCCCGUUUCCAACAACACGAUCUACAACCUCAGCACCGCCCAGCCGGAUGUCAACUUCGCCGACGCCCCGUCUGCCACAUACACGACAAAGGGCAGCAAGCCGGAGAUGAUGAAGGUCUACGAGGAUUUCUGCCCCAAGGUCAAACGCAUGCUCGAUUUGGUGCCGGAUGGCGAGGUGUGCGAGUGGAAGCUGCGAGUCCACGAGCCCCUGCAAUUCUGGGUGCACGAGCAGACGGCGUUGGUUGGUGAUGCGUGCCAUCCUACUCUGCCGCAUAUGGCGCAAGGAGCCGCACAGGCGAUUGAAGACGGCGGCGUGCUGGGUGUCGUACUGUCACGGCUGCCGGACGCGUCUCCCGGAUCAAUCAACAAGGCCUUACGAGUGUACCAGGAAGUUCGGAUGGACCGGGCAUAUCAGCUCGUCGAGCUGGCGGCGGAGAAUGGACGACAGAUGCAUCUGGGCGAGGGCGAGGCGAAGAAGGCUCGCGACAAGGAGUUUGCGGAGUUCCGACGGACCGGCAAAGGAGCGGUGCCGGACAAGUGGGCGGAUGCGGAUAUUCAAAGGCAGAUUUACGGCCAGGACGUGAUGAAGAUUGCGGAGGAGGAGUUUGAAAGGCUCUUCACCUCGCUGUAG